AGUGUAAUGAAUAUGAUGCACGUCAUCAGUAUUCCCUACGCCCUCAUGAAGGUCAACCCUCUGUCCUGGAUCCAAAAAGUCUGCCAGUACAAAGCUAAGGUGGCGUGUGUGAAGUCGCGGGACAUGCACUGGGCUCUGGUGGCCCACCGGGAGCAGCGAGACAUCAACCUGGGCUCUCUGCGCAUGCUAGUGGUGGCUGAUGGUUCAAAUCCCUGGUCGAUUUCAUCCUGUGACGCCUUCCUCAACGUCUUCCAGACUAAAGGUUUGAAGCCAGAGGUCAUUUGUCCCUGUGCCAGCUCCCCCGAGGCCUUGACUGUAGCUCUAAGGAGGCCCCUGGAGGAGGGCAGCACCCCUCCUGGUCGCGGCGUGUUGUCCAUGCAGGGUCUGAGUCAUGGCGUGAUCCGGGUCGACUCAGAGGAGAAGCUCUCGGUGCUCACAUUGCAGGAUGUCGGCUCUGUCAUGCCUGGAG